GCUCGACCACCACCUAGUCCAGCUUCUAAAGCCGUCAAGAACGGGAUACAACUCUUGUCAACCCUUAUCGCAUCUCGCGCUAAGAUCUUUGGCUGGUUCAAAGUGCAUUGAGUGCGGAGACCGUCGUAUUGCUCAAGCUACAUUAGAGGAACUCUCUGAUCUACACCAUGUCUCUCUAUCUCUGCGUCGACUGCGGAGGCUCGAAGACCUCGGCCGUCAUCACCAACGCGUCCGGCACAAUCGUCGGCCGUGCACUGGGUGGCCCGUCCAACUUUGCUUACGUCAGCCCCUCUGCGUUCGCCGAUGCCGUGCGCAUCGCCGUAUCCAACGCGCUCAAAACAUGCGUCUCCCCACCCUCGAUUGCGCCCGUAGCGCUCCCGCCUCCUCCCUCCGCCCCCCUCUUCGCUGCAGCGUGGUUCGGGAUCUCGGGUGUGGACAGCCCCGCUGCGGUGCUCAAUGCGCGCACGGUUCUCGCGGAGCUGCUCGGCCUCCCUUUGGACGAGCGGAUCAGCGUUGGAAACGAUACGGUUUUGCUGGCCGCGCCGCUACGGCUGCACCCGGACAUCAGGCACGCGAUCACCGCCAUCGGCGGCACGGGCUCGUGCGUCGUCUCGUUUCGCCUGGACGACAAUGACAGCCUGUUGAAGGAGAUGGCGCGCACGGGCGGGAUCGGGUGGAUCCUCGGCGACGAGGGGGGAGGGUUCCACGUCGGUCGGGAGACAGUGAAGCAGAUGAUGUACGAGUUCGAUCGGGAGACGCUGGGUGGAACGCCCUAUCCGCCAUCGACGCUCAAGCAGAAGGUGCUUGAUUACUUUGGGGUGAAGGGCGGGCACGCGGCGACGCCGGAGAUUCUAACGGCGGUGCACAUUCCCGAGCCGGCCGCUGCGGGAGACGUACAUCCCGGCACGGAUCCGCUGUUGCUCAUUCCUAGGGAGAAGAGGCUCAGUCAGAUUAGUCCGCUUGCGUUUGACGCUGCGUUCAAGGAUGGCGAUGGGUUUGCGCUGCGUGUGCUGCGCUACUCUGCAGGUACGCUGGCGGAUCAAAUCGCGAUGCUCUCUCGGCCAGAGGGCGAGGAUCCCGCUGUCGCGCCACGCGCGAUCGUCGCAAAAGACACGGUCAUCUGCUUUGGAGGGACGCUUGUGGGUAUCAAGGACUACAGGGAUCUGGUGAUAGACGAGUUGAAGAAGCGGGGACACGUGUUCCGGUACAUCGAGUUCGUGGAUGAUGCAGCUGGUGUGGGUGCUGUGACGCUCGCGCAGCUUUGGGAGUCGAAGAAGUAGUGGAUGGGGUUACUUGUGUGUAAUCUAUGUUGUAACAGAAACACUCGAUUUAUUCAUUCCAUCAAUUAUGACCUAUAGCUAAUCUGAUCGUAAUGGUAUGUUUUGUAAUAUGUUU